CCCCGCGGCCAGGAUCGCGCGGGGGCGGCUCUGGCCCCACGCCAGGCGCCGGCCGCGGUAUAAAUAGCACCGAGCCACGCAGGGCCGGACCGGGGUGCGGGCCGUGACACCCUCCCCCUCCUCCCUCCCGCGGGAGGGACCCCGGUGCUGCGGGCGAGGGGCUCCAGCAUCCCCCCCAGCCCAUCCGAGAAACCUCCGGCCGCUCCCGUUAUCGCUGCUCCCCCCGGAGCCCAUCGGUGGCAGCGUGUGCGCCCCGGUGACACCGAGUGCCAGCCCUCCGCAAGGGCUCCGGCACCGGGGGGACACUGCCGGGACAGCGGUGCCUGUACCCGGAGCAUCCCCGCUCCCGCUCGCCUUGUCACCGAAACCGGGGAUGCUGCGAGCGCUGCCCGCGGGACUCCCGGGAUCCAACACCGAGCACCGUGUCCCCUUCCAGGGCUUCUACCUCUCCCACGGACCCCUCCCCGUGCCACGCGUGUCCUGCCCGGUCCCUGCCGGGGCUGCGGGACCCCCGGUGCCGCCGUGCGGGGCGCCGCUCCCGUUGCUCCGGUGCUGGGGGGGGGUAGGGGGAAAGAAGGGGGCCCGGUGCUGCCGCCCCCGCCGCUGCCCCCCCCCCCACCCUCCGCGCUCGGCGGGGGCGGCAGCCGCGGGAUCCGCCCCCGGGGCCUCCCACGCGCGGCGCAGCCGGGGCCGCUGCUAUUUCACGGUCCCGCCCGUGUGGGCGGCGCGCAGAGCGGCGCGGCGCGGCGGAGGGAGCGCGCCCGGCCCGGCCGCGGGACCCCCCGAGCCCCGGCACCCCCCCCCUCCCCCCGGAUCCCCGGUUAGAAGCGGCCCCGGAGCCCCCCCUCCCGCCCCUCCCCGGCCGCCCGGCGGGGCGGGCGGAGCGGACGGAGGCGGUUCCAGGCGGCGGCUCGUCAUGGCCCUGCCCCGCACGCUGGGGGAGCUGCAGCUGUACCGGGUGCUGCAACGCGCCAACCUGCUGGGCUACUACGAGACCUUCAUCCAGCAAGGGGGGGACGACGUGCAGCAGCUCUGCGAGGCGGGCGAGGAGGAGUUCCUGGAGAUCAUGGCGCUGGUGGGCAUGGCCACCAAGCCCCUCCACGUCCGCCGCCUCCAGAAGGCCCUGCGCGAGUGGGCCUCCAACCCGGGGCUCUUCAGCCAGCCCGUCUCGGCCGUCCCGGUCAGCAGCAUCCCACUCUUCAAGCUCUCUGAGGCCGGCGGGCGCAAGGCGCUCAGCAACGGGCACGCCAGCCCCGGCGAGGCCGCGGGCAAGGGGGGUGGCAGCGCCGGGACGCCCCCAGCCCGCAGCCCCACGGAGCCAGGGGAGAAGCUGUCGCCAUCAGCGGCUCCACCGUGGCCGGGAAGGAGCACCCCCGAGUCGGAGGGUGGAGGGGAUGAGGAGCCGGGCGGUCCCCCCUUCUCCCCGGGCGGGAGCAGCGGGGAGCAGGCGGUGGGCACGGAGCUGGAGCCGGAGUUGGCACGGACGGUGGUGGAGAGUGUGGAGCGGCUGCUGCAGAGCUGCCCCCGGGGCGGCGAGGCCGAGCUGAGGGCGCUGAUGAAGCUCAACAAGAAGCUGGCCAAGGCUGUGGGGCACAUCUUCCAGCUGGAGGACGGUGACCGGCAGAAGGAGGAGGAGAUCCGCCGGCACAGCGCGAUCUACGGGCGCGGCGAGGCCCGGCGCCGCGAGGGCAAGCAGCUCACCCUGCACGAGCUCAUCAUCAAUGAGGCGGCCGCCCAGUUCUGCCUGCGGGACAACUCGCUGCUGCUGCGGCGCGUCGAGCUCUUCUCGCUCUCACGACAGGUGGCACGGGAGAGCACCUACCUGUCCUCGCUCAAGGUUGCCAGGGCCCAUCCCGAGGACAGCGGCGCCGUGGUGGCCAAGCGGCUCAAGCAGGAGGCGGGAGAGCAGAGCCGCCCUGAGCUCCUGGCACUGCCGGUGGGGCUGGAGCCCCCCGGGGCUGGCUACCGAGGCAGCUUGGAGGAGGACACGGGCAGCCUCUCCGGGGAGAGCCUCGACGGCCACUUGCAGGCGGCGGGGGCCUGUCCCCGGCUGACCCCUCCGCCCGGCGCGGCCCCAGACGUGCCCCUCGGCCUCGCUCCCCACGGGCUCUGGAGCCGCCACAUCCUCCAGCAGACGCUGAUGGACGAGGGGCUGCGCCUGGCCCGGCUGGUCUCGCACGAACGCGUGGGGCGGCUCAGCCCCUGCCUGCCGGGGAAGCCCCCGGGACCAGAGUUCGAGGACGGGCUGGCGGAACGGGGUCCUCCGGCCCCCCCGGACCCCCCUCGGGGCACCAUCAAGGUGGAGCAGGAGACCAGCAGGCAGUGAGGCCCCUGCAGCCCCCCCGCCACCAUUAACGAAGCAAUAACGUGCUGGGGGACGGGUGCGGCGGCGCUCCGGGCCCGGGGAGCUUGGGGAGAGAGGGGGGGGGUCUCAGCCACAUCCCCCCCCCGGCCCCCUCCCGUCCCGCACCGACGCUCUGGUUACCUCAGCCGCGGCGGGAUGCGAUUCCCCGCAGCAGCAAUACCCUCAUCCCGCCCGGCUCCGCUUCCCCGCCGCCCCCCAGGGCUGGGGAGCCCUCGAUGGACUGGAGCCCCCCUUCCCCCGUAGAGCCCCCCACACCCCGGCCCCAUCACCGCGCGGGGACAGACGCGUCGCACUGUGCGCUCCCACGUCAGCGCUGCCGCCCACGCCGGGCACACGGUCCCCCCCCCCCCCCCCGGUCCCCCCCCACCCGCAGCGCCCACGCACCAGCCGCCAGCCCCCUCCCCGCAGCACGUGCCAGCUCACUGUGCACCCCCUCCCCACCCUGAGACCCCCCCCCAGCACCGCAUCGGCUGUAAAUACCCCCCCCCCCAUACCCCCCCCUCCCCGCACGCAUCCCCCCCCUGCACCCCGAUACCUGCGUGUGCUUCAAGCAUGGUCCCUGUGCCGGGGGGUGUCACACGUGCCGUGGGGUGUCACCCCCUCGCAGCACGGUGCGGGCGGCGUUUGACG